AUAGAGCCAGGGCCUUUUCUAGUCUCUCUGCCUCUUUCUUUCUCUUUUCUCUCUCUACCCUUUCUUUCCCUCUGACUUGCUGCUCCGUCUUUGUGCGGUAGUGUGUCUGUUCUGCUCCUCGCUUUCUUACCUUUCUUUAGGGCCUGUAGGUUCUACUGCCCUUUCUUUUACCUAGCCUCACUCUUCGUCCGUCAAACAUUGGCAAUUUAAAAACCACCGUAAGAUUGAGUCGACUAUCAUGACAGGUCAUUCUCAAGCAACAAGCAGAGUCACCUCUGCACCUCUAAAAGACGGCACCGUCAUUUCUGUGAACGACCAUGUCUACAUGGCAUCCGAGUUCAUAGGCGAGUCUUAUUAUAUUGGGCGAGUCAUGGAGUUUGGAAAGCAGGUCAAAGGGAAGCCAUUGCAAGUCAGGAUCGGCUGGUUCUAUCGACCUAAGGACGUUAUGGCCCGCAGGAAUCACGACCCACGACUGCUGGUGGCAACAAUGCACUCGGAUAUGAAUCCGCUCUCCAGCAUCCGAGGACGCUGUACUGUCACACACCAAGGCUACAUCAAGGAUCUGGAGUCGUAUAAAAAGCAACCGGACCACUUUUAUUACAACCAGCUCUUCGACCGUUACAUCCACCGCUUCUACGAUGUUCUCCCCGUUGAUUCCGUCCGCAAUCUGCCACCUGACGUUGCGGAGGAACUCAGCAGACGCUAUCAAUACAUUGUGGUCGAGGCUGGUACGGCUUCAGAGUACACUGAUGCCCACCGCGUGUGCCUGAUCUGCAAACGGUGGUGCGCUAGUGGCGAAGCGCUGAAAUGUAUUAUGUGCCAAGGAUUCCAUCACAUGCUGUGCAUCAACCCGCCUAUGCUCCGGAAGCCCUCCAAAGGCUUCGCCUUUCAGUGCGCGCUUUGUACAAAGCUGGCCCUGGAUUCAGCGUCGUCUUCCUCUGCCGCAUCAUCGCCAUCGCUCUUAAAGCAAUCUUCUGCCACCAACAACUCUGCCGCAUCAUCAGGUCAGAACUCGCCUAGAGGAUCUCCUAAACAGAAAGCCGUGUCAACCCUGACAGUCAUCCCAACAUCGGGUGGCUCAAAUGGCGCCUCGAAAGUGAGCUCACGGAAUGGCAUGGCGGCUUUAGCAGCGGCAGCUCCAUCGACAUCGCAGGAACAAAAGAUGUCGCAUAUGUGGCCUUUCAGAUACUUUGGAACUCAUGCUGACAUCCAGGAUAUCUUUGAUCCCGACGAUCGGGUGUAUCCCCGCGCGUCCAGUCGAGUCGGCGCUCGAUACCAGGCGGUUGUCGUGAAAUGGGACGGUCCAGGCCGGAUCCUUGCCACCUCGACAAUAUUUGACGAUCCACAAAAUAGUCUGCUAAAGGGUCGCUCGAGAAAAGGCGGUCGCGGUGGAAGACCUCCAACUAAACUGAAAGCUCCUGAAGUAGAGCCCAUGGACACAAAUUCUCGGGCUCACUCUGCAUCACUGGAUUCAACGGCUGAUGGACUAGAUACGCCUGCAACACCAUCCUCACCUGCAAAGUCUGGAUUGAACUCCGACGACCCAAUAUACGUCGAACGUGGGGGCGAUGAAACGGUCAGCCUCAGGUAUUCGAAACCGAGUCAUAUAUCAGAUGAGUAUGUUACCGAUUACAUGGAUCGAGUGAAGGAGUUGUCACUUCCGCUGGCCUUUCACUCGGCAGAUUUGAUCGACAGAGCAUUGCUGGAGCUGCAGAAAUCAAAAUUCAAUGCCGAGGAGGCCCUUAAUGAGAUGACCAAGAUUAAGCAACAGGACUUCAUGAUUAAGGACUGGACUGACAAAGAGAUCAAGGCCUUUGAGGAGGGUAUUCGUCUCUAUGGACAUGAACUGUUUGCCAUCAAGAAAAAAGUGGAGACAAGGUCAAUGAGGGAUAUUGUUCGGUUCUUUUAUCAAUGGAAAAAGACUGAGCGUUAUCAACCUGUGUAUUCUGUCUUCACAAAUAUUAACAAACCAAACAAAAGAUUCAAGUCUGUGGGACGCGGUACAGUGACAUCGCCUGUUGUGGAGGUUGGAAGUCGCUCAAAAGUAGGCAUGGAAUCGGGACAGGAGAGAGUGCUUGAUCGCGACUCUAUUAUCAUGCCAACGGCAGAAAAUAGCGGCAAAUUCGAGUGUGCUCAUUGCGGGACAACAAGCACAUCCAUGUGGCGGAGAGCUCCUGGUGAAGUCGAUCUGCAGAAGAAAUUCCCCCGAGUGUUUUGCAAUGAUUGUGGAAAUGAAUGGGUUCGAUAUGUGGCCCUCCCGUCUUCUGUCGAUUCUCAAAAGGAUAACAAGAAGUCAAAGAACAAAGAUCCCUCAGUGAGAGGGCCAUUGAAUGGAACCGCUAAAGUUCCACCAGCGGCAGUCGAUACGGCAAAUGGGACCAAGCGAAAACGAACAGAGAUCAAAGUCGGAGGCGGCAAGAAGAUAAAGGAGCAGUCUCCUGAGCCAACUCGAUCGCCCUCUCCUGUACCUGAGGCGCCGUGUGCAGUAUGCGAUAAUAUGCCUGCGUUUGGAGAGCAGCUCUUGAGCUGUCAAGGAUGCCAGCUUACUGUUCACCGCGAUUGCUAUGGUGUGCCGGCGACUGUGGCACAUCGAAAAUGGAACUGCGAUACAUGUCUUAAUAACGAUAAUCCUACCUGCUCCACGACCUACAAUUGUGUCCUUUGCACGAAAACGUCAGAGCAGAGCCCCCAAGCGAUGAAGAAGACGACAGGCAAUAAUUGGGCACAUAUCCUGUGUGCGGUUUGGAUUCCGGAGACCGCCGUCGUGGAUGCAGAUAGGUUAUCGCCAGUGGAAUCGAUCGGGAGGAUUCGCCACGAGCGAUGGAAACAAGCGUGCUCCAUUUGCAAGCAAAAAGCUGGUGCUUGUGUAGGCUGUGGCGAGGGGUGCAAAAAGGUGUUCCAUGUCACCUGCGCGCGCGAGGCAGGCUACAAGAUAGCGUUUGAGAUGCAGCCCACCAAAAAUGUUAAGGGUGGAUUGAUGGUACCGAUGAUCUGGUGCCCAAGCCACGAUCUAACAUCGCGUAAAGUGAUCCAGAUCAGAGACCAGCCUGACGCUUUAACGGAUCGGAAUGCACUACAGACAUAUGUCCACUACUACAAGCAAUGCGAUGACUCAGUUCCGGGCGCGAUGCGUAAGAGCCGCCUUCUCAUGGCCAUGAACCCAGGCAUUAGUUCGUCCUCAUCGUGGCAGGGUCAUGGCUCUGCACACAGCAGGAAGAUGUCUAAAUCCUCGGUGCAUCCAACGGUGCAAGAAGUCUGCAAACGAUGUUCCGCCACUGCUUCGCCAAUGUGGUGGGAGCUGGACGACAAGGCGCAGAAAGAUGCCACGGACCGGGACAGCAUACAGCAACCUGGUCAGCCCUAUACGCCGCCGCCCUCUCAGCCGCUUCUAGACAUGUCUGUCAUAGUCAAACUAGAGCACAGUGACAGCCGCUUAGAACGCACGAAGAGUACGAUGGAUCAGCAGGAAGCACUUUCAUCAUUAAUCUGCCACGCAUGUUUUUGGGACGCAAAGACGAUAGCUGUAUAAAUGAAAUUAUUG